AUGUUUCAAGCAUUUGAUUCACUUCCACGCGGCCUGAUGGCAAGUGGUAAUAUCCUUCUCGCAUCAGCAGCAUACUUCGCCGACUGGAGCCAUACGCAUGUCUUUAAUCCACGCUGGCCACCUCAUGCUAAGUUUCACAACGGACAGAGUAUGUCUUUUGGCGCUCUCUCCGCCCUAACCUCACUUUACUUGCUCAGCCGACGCAAUGCCAACAUUGAGGCUGCUAAGGACUCGCUCUUCGUUGCGGCAAUCGUCGGCUCUUUAACCACCGUUGCUGGCUUGUCCGCGAUCUUCUAUCCUGGAACUGCCUGGACAGACCCUGAGUUUGGAAAUUUUGGAUGGAUAGGACCACAAGGGUAUGUCUUUCUUGUGCAACUUUUUGUAAAUUGGACUGCCUAUUACUUCGAAAACGCAAGACUCGACAAGCUGGACAAGCUCAAGAAAUGA